ACCUUGCCUAACGCACGCGUGCGCAACGUGCAUGAAUGGCGUCGCCGACGCAGCAAACGCAACCGCGGACUCUUUCCUAGUGACGCUUUUUCGUUCUCUCCCACGAUCUCCACGACGCCAGCGAUGAGCUCGACAUCCGAAGAGCCGUGGAUAUCGUGGUUCUGCACCCUGCGAGGCAACGAGUUCUUCUGUGAGGUGGAUGAGGAGUAUAUUCAAGACAAGUUCAAUCUGACGGGACUGAGCGAUCAGGUCCCGCACUAUCGCCAAGCGAUCGAUGUUAUCCUGGACAUGGAGCCUGCACCAGAUGACGAGUUGGCCAAUGAUCCGACGCAAUCUGAUGUGCUUGAACAAGCAGCCGAAAUGCUCUUUGGUCUUAUCCAUGCCAGAUACAUUUUGACCAAUAGGGGCAUCGGGCAAAUGGCUGAAAAGUAUCAGGGCGGAGAGUUUUCUUACUGCCAUCGUUAUUAUUGUGACAAGCAGCCCGUAUUGCCUGUCGGUUUGUCGGACAUCCCCGGUGAGUGCAUGGUCAAGCUGUAUUGCCCAAAAUGUCAGGACAUAUAUAAUCCACGCUCUCAACGUCAUCAACAUAUUGAUGGUGCUUUUUUUGGAACGAGUUUUCCUCACAUGUUUUUCAUGGUCCAUCCUGAGCUGAGGCCACCAAAGUUGAUAGCAAAGUACACUCCUAGACUGUAUGGUUUCAAAAUCCAUUCACUUGCUUACCAGCUACAGCAUCAAGCUGGGGAACGAGCUCGUCUAGCACACAUUCAACAACAGCAGCAACAGCAUCGUCAGAAAGCAGCACAGGCGUCAGGAGUGCAACCGUCUCUAAAGUAGCAACUGCGUAGGAACCACCUGAUGGUGUGAAUGACGAGCGAACAAGGAGACGGUAGUUUCAGUAGACAACUUUGCCUGUCUAAAUUAUCUUUGUUUAGAGUAGUGGUUUGGUGGACGUUGUAGCAUACUGAUAUCUAAUUUUGUGCUGACUAGUAUUAAGUAUAUGAUUUAUGUAAUUCUCGUGA